GGCAUAAAUACGGGAAGACCGCAGGUAGUGGCACACAUCUCAGGCGUUUUCUCCCCUGCGAAGUCUACCGAACAGCCAGUCAUGAUCCUUUGCCGAUCUUUGAUCGUGGUUUUGGCCAUAAUGGCAAUGGUUUACUCGGCGAAGGCUGGUGGAGGCGGAUACGGGAGCCGAGGAGCCGGUGGAGGAGGUGGCUUUGGUAAUGCCGGUGGAUUUAGCGGCGGCGGAGGAGGGUUUGCCGGACACGGUGGAGUUGCAGGAUUUAGCGGAGGUGCUGGAGGACUAGGUGGAGGAGCCCGAGGAUUUAGCGGAGGAAGCGGCGGACGAGGUGGAGGCAGUGUCGUCCGCGCGCGCUUGGUGGGCGUUGGCGUUCUUCCUAGCGUCGGCGGGAGCGUGGGCGGCGGUGGCGGUUUCGGCCAAGGCGGAGACGAGGAUCCUUCGGCGGAGGACGAGGAUGCGAGGACUAUGUGUAUACCACAGGCAAUGUCAUUCGUCACGGAUUCGACUUAUCUGCAACAAUAA